UCAAUCUCGUAUAGCCAUUAGGGUUCAGUAUUAUUCUCCCACGAGCUUUGACACAAACUCUCUCCUCCGACAUCGGAAUCCAUUUGUUGUUGUAGUUUUGAGGGGUUUGUGAAGAUGGCUGCUGAAACUGAAGAGUCUCGGUGUAUCAGUCCUAACGAUGCAACCUCUGGGUCUCAAACCUUGGCAUUUGAUGAAAUUCCCAUUGGAGUUGAACAAAUGGAUGAGAACUCAGACCUUAGUUUAACGGAGCAGGAGGUUGAACAACAAGAGGAAGUCUACAGAGAAGACGAGGAAGAGGAAGAGCCCAGUGAAGAUGAACAUCCCGUCCAAGAAGAAGAAGAGCCCAUCGAAGAACAAGGAAAUGAAGAGCCCAUCGAUGAAGAAGAAGAAGAAGAAGAAGAGCCCAUCGAAGAACAAGAAGAAGAAGACAGUCCAGUGGAGACUCCACAUGCUAGCAAUGAGGUAAUUGAAAUUGCGAUUAACGGUAUGGAGGACAUGGGUAUGGUUAAUUUCCACACAUUAGAAGCGAAGGAUGCUAUUAAUUAUAAUUUCCCAGAUCGUGAAACUGCAUUCUUGUUCUACAGCUGGUAUGGUAGAUUACAUGAAUUUGCUUGCCGUAAGUGUAGGUUGGUCAGAAACAAGGCUGGAGAAGUUGUCCAACAAACAUUUGUAUGCUACCGCGAAGGGAAGAAGAAAGAUUCAUUUGGGUGUGAAAAAAAGCGGAAGCGCGAACCCAAAAACGACACAAGGUGUGGAUGUCGUGCUCACUUUAUGGUACACAUUGAUUGGGGGAACAAUCGCUGGUAUGUCAAGUCCAUUUUGGAUGCACACAAUCAUGUGAUGGUAGAGGAUAGUUUGAUUGGGUUGGUUUAUACAUAUAGGAAGAUGAAUGAAGCUGACAUUAUGCACAUGAACGACCUGAGAAAAAGUGGUGUAAGCACUUCACUUGCAUAUGGUAUAUUUGCCAAUCAAAUGGGCGGUUACUGCAAUGUUGACUUUAACAAGCAUGACAUGCAGAAUCAAAUUGACAAGCAGAGACGAGCUCAAGUUAUUGAUGCAAAAGGUGUUUUGGCCUUCUUUCGAGGUUUGAAAGAAACUAAUGAAGACAUGUAUUGGAAGCAUACAAGUGGUGAGGAUGGUAGGUUAGACAAAUUGUUCUGGUGUGAUGGUUGCAGCCAGAGGAAUUAUUUAGUUUUUGGUGAUGUAUUGGCGUUUGAUGCAACCUACAAGAAGAAUAAAUACAAACGUCCAUUGGUUGUUUUCUCGGGUGUUAAUCAUCACAACCAAACUAUUGUUUUUGCUGCUGCUCUGGUGUCUAAUGAGAAAGUGGAAACCUAUAUUUGGUUGCUAGAACAAUUUUUAGAUGUUAUGAAGGGCAAAGCUCCAAUAUCAGUCAUGACUGAUGGUGAUUUAGCAAUGAAGAAUGCGAUAAGAAAAGUAUUUCCGAGGGCACACCACAGGCUUUGUGCGUGGCACCUAUUGCGGAAUGCCACUAGCAAUGUUUCCAACCCAAAUUUCACUUCAAUGUUGAGAACGUGCAUGAUAGGGGACCUAGAAAUCGGAGAUUUUGAGGCAAAGUGGGCAAAAAUGGUUGAAGAAUGUGGCGUUGAAGAUAACGACUGGGUCAGAGACUUGUAUGAGAUGAGAAAUAUGUGGGCUACUGCGCAUAUGCGUGGAGAAUUCUUCGGAGGCUAUAGGACCACCUCCCGAGUGGAGGGGUUACAUGCCCAAAUUGGCAAGUUCAUUGAUGUUUGGAACAACCUCACAGAUUUCAUGCACAACUUUUUCCGCUUUUUGAGUUAUCAAAGAUUUAGGGAGCUUGAAGCUGAUUUGGCCUCCCUUCAUGGUGAUCAAGUAUUAUUGACCCAACUACGCUCCCUUGAAAGGUCAGCUUCCAAUAUUUAUACUAAAAGUAUGUUCAAAAAUUUUCGCCGUGGCCUUCAACGUUCAUUGAUGUUGAGGGUUAAUGUCUACAAGGAGACAUCAACUUGCAUCAUCUACUUUGUGUCAAAGUAUCGUUGGUAUGGUAAGAAAUGGCAUGUUUCUCUAUGGACGUCAAAUAUGGAUUUGAACUGCUCUUGUAUGAGGAUGGAAUCAUUUGGUAUUCCAUGUGAUCACAUUCUUGCAGUGAUUGUUUUUCUUGACAUGGACGAAGUCCCAAAGUAUGUAGUGCUGGAAAGGUGGACAAAAAUUGCCAAAGAAUCUUUAGAUGGGUUCAAAAGGGGAGAUGGAAGUCCAUGGGAUCCUAUGAUGGAUUGUAGAUUGGCUGCAUUGAGAGAAAGUUGUAGACGCAUGUGCAAGGUGGCGUGUGUCACUCCUGAGUUCUUCACAGAGACACAUACGCUUGUGAUUAGUCAAGCAGAAAAACUUGAAAAGGCUGGAAAACUGAACAAGGAUUGCCCUGCCGAGAAUGGUGGGGAAAGAUAUUUACGUAACCCAACUUUGCCUGCAGCAAAUGAAAACAGGGCAAGAAGAUCCCAAGGAAGAGGAACACCAAAGCGUACUACUCACUGUGGUAUUUGCGGUGGAGCAGGCCAUAAUAGAAAAACUUGUGUGGUUGUUACACAAGGUAGUCAAGUUGUUGAGACCUUGGAAGAAAGUACUGAAGAGGUUGCUGCAGUGACUUUGGGAGAUGAAGUCUGAUUCCACAAUGUUGGUUCAAAUACAGAUUUGGAGAACGGCUUCCAUCGACUUGGAUAUCUUGUUGUUUACUUCAAGUAUUUCGUGUAACAGUUAUUGGGGAACAUAUCAUAUAUGUUGGUUAUGUGGAAUGGUUAUGUUGUUGUUUGUUGAGUAGUUUCUCUGUUGAGAAAUGGAACUCUAUUAUAUUAUUAUUAAUUUUGUGGUGGUUGUUCUAUUCUCAAAUAUUUGCUGUUUGAGAUGUUUGUCCAUUUUUGCUUAGUACAUGUGUAACUCCAUUGUGAGUCUUGGCUCAAACCUGUUUUAUAUCUAUCAUGGAGCAAUGGAACUCUCUUUUCUUGUGUUAA